UUCAUAAAAUCAAGGAAACUACUAGAGAACCACUCUAGUUGUUUGAAGAUUGUGUUUUUGAGGAACUUGAGGCAUGCAUAUUAAGGGUUAUUUCUUGAUCUUUCGUAGAGUCUUGAAAAAUGGCGCUUAAGGUCCACGGAACCAUCCUAUCGCCAGGGGUGUUGAGAGUCGUGGCUUGCCUCAAGGAGAAGGAGCUCGAUUACGAGUUUGUGAAUGUUAACCUGGAAGCUGGAGAACACAAACAACCACAUUUCUUUGCCCUCAACCCGUUCGGUGAAGUUCCGGCAUUCGAGGAUGGAGAUUUGAAACUCUUCGAGUCGAGGGCGAUUACACAGUACAUCGCGCACACGUAUAUUGACAAGGGGACGCAGCUGAUCGUCCCAGAUCACAAGAAGAUGGCGAUCAUGUCGACGUGGAUGGAGAUUGAGGCUCAGAAAUUCGUCCCUGCAGCUUCCAAGCUCAGCUUCGAGAUCGUUAUAAAGCCGAUACUUGGCAUGACGACGGACGUUUCGGUGUUGGCGCAGUACGAGGAGCAACUAGGCAAAGUUCUCGAUGUGUACGAGGCACGGUUGAAGGAAUCGAAAUACCUGGGCGGAGACUGCUUCACCUUGGUCGAUCUUCACCACAUUCCUCUCAUAAACUACCUUAUGGCUACUAAAGUUAAGGCCCUGUUUGAUGCACGCCCAAAAGUUUCCGCAUGGGUCGCCGAUAUUUUGGCCAGGCCUGCCUGGUCAAAGGUCCAAGAAUUGCUCAAACACAAAAUGGGAUAAUUUCAAAUCACACAUUCAAGGGGUUGCAGACUUUAAUUUUCUCGUGAAUCAAACAACCACUUUGGUGUGGUUUAUGUUUUGGAUAUUCAUCUUGAUGUCUUGUAUAGUAAUGUACGUGUCUGUUAUUUGAUUGUGUGGAUUUCCGUACGUAUGUGAGAUUAAAUAAUUGUGAUUGCGUUAUUGCAAUAAUGUUGUGGAAAUAAAUAAGAAAAUUGAUGA